UCUCCUCUCUGGGUUGCAUUUGCAUUGCUGCUGCUAAUGGCCAUAGCUCCCAGCACACUCCGCAGUUGCUGUACAGCUCCAGGGCAGCAAUGGCGCAUACCAUGACUCCCCUUUCAACAGCGCAAAACACAACCUCCAUUCUGAAGAUUGCUCCAAAAUCCCCAACUCUGAAGAACAGCAGCGACCUUUCUCUGGGAGCCAAAUGCGACACCAGGAGGGCACUUGUAUGUGGCUUGAUUGCUGCUGGUGCUGGUGCAAUGCUGGGACCUGACAUUGCUUCUGCUGCGUCUAAGAGACGGCCUCCGCCGCCUUCGCCGACGGAGGAGAAGAAAGACCCGAACGUUAGCGGCGUGCAGGCUAAGGUGCUUGCCAGCAAGAGGAGGAAGGAGGCCAUGAAGGAAGCUGUGGCCAAGUUGAGGGAGAAAGGGAAGCCUGUUGAUAAGUGAAGGGCAGAACCACAGAACAAGUAGCCUUUGGUUCCAGCCUGCUUUUUCUCCUCUCGUUCGCUGCUGGCCCUGCUGCUGUGCGUUUCUGCAUCAAUAAUUUCGUUGCACAAUUUUCCCAGUUUUUAUAAUUUUCAAUGGGUUGCUUAAUUUUCACUGGAAAAUUUACGGCUUCAUAGUUCAUGCAGAUACACAGUACUUCUUGUUUUUUUGAUAAAAAGGAUUUCCCAUGGGAAACAAGGAAAAUGAUUUGGGUUACCAGAAUACUUAGAAAGAAGGAUAAUGAUUUUUCACGGUCAGGUAUUCUUGAAAAAAAAAGGAAGGGUUUUUAUUACAACCUUAACAUAUACAUAUUCAAAUUUACCGUGUGUGCUUCAUGGCUUUCUACACAUGGAAGAAGAGACUAUCCAUCAUUUUCUUUUUGAGUGUUCCUACGUCAAAUUACUGUGGUGUGCGGUACAUAUUGUUUUUGAAUUGCACCACCAUUGAACUUUGAGGAUUUGUUCCAUCAAUGGUUACAACAGGUGGGGUAGAAACCAAACCCACACUUAUUGACAGGGGCAGCGGUUUUGUGUUGGGCAAUUUGGCUCACAAGAAAUGAUGUUGUUUUUGAUAAAUGCCAACCAAAAACUUUUAUGCAGGUUCUUUUCAGGGGAACGCAUUGGUUUCGGCAGUGGGCGCUGUUGCAGCGCAGUGAUUAGAUAAAAGGAGAUGAUGAUCUAGCACACUGGAGACAUCGGCUCUUUGCUUUUUUGCUUCCCAUGGACGUUUAGUUUACGAAUUGGCUUAUGAAAUUUUGGAUGUUCUAUUU